CCGACGAGAGAAAGCGUUGAUCUGGCCUGCUGGCUGGCCUCGCUCUUCCUUUCGCCGCCAUCAUGGGCCGCAUGCACGCUCCCGGGAAGGGUCUGUCCCAAUCAGCCUUGCCCUAUAGGCGGAGUGUGCCUACAUGGUUGAAACUUACUUCUGAUGAUGUCAAAGAGCAAAUCUACAAGCUGGCAAAGAAGGGUUUAACUCCCUCCCAAAUUGGUGUAAUACUAAGGGACUCCCAUGGUGUGGCCCAAGUUCGUUUUGUGACUGGCAACAAAAUUCUAAGGAUCCUUAAAUCCAAGGGACUUGCUCCUGAUCUUCCAGAGGAUCUUUACCACUUAAUCAAGAAAGCUGUGGCUGUCCGUAAACAUCUUGAAAGAAACCGCAAAGAUAAACAUGCCAAGUUCCGUCUCAUUUUGAUUGAGAGCAGAAUUCACAGGCUGGCACGUUACUACAAGACCAAGAGAGUACUCCCACCUAAUUGGAAGUAUGAGUCAUCUACAGCUUCAGCUCUGGUUGCAUAAGAGCCCUUUUCACCAAGGGAAUUGAAUCAUUUCCAUUCUGUGCCCUGCCAUACCUGCUUCAGAAAAAACAGUAUCAUAGGUUUAUUAUUUAAGUUGGUAGAGUAAAAUGUCACCUUGACUGUACCAAUAAAAGCCUUUGGUUUUUUUCC